AUGGACCUGAGCGCCGCCGCCGCGCUGUGCCUCUGGCUGCUGAGCGCCUGCCGCCCUCGCGACGGGCUCGAAGCGGCUGCCGUGCUGCGGGCGGCGGGGGCAGGGCCGGCCCGGAGCCCGCGGGGUGGCGGCGGUGGCGGCGGGGGGACCCUCGGCCCGGCUGCGGGCGCCUCGGCCGUCCCGGGCGCCUCGGUGCCCCGGGCCCGCGCUGAGCGCCGCGCCGCCGGCUCAAGCUUCAGGAACGGCUCGGUGGUGCCGCACCGCUUCAUGAUGUCGCUCUACCGGAGCCUGGCCGGGAGGGCUCAGGCCGGAGUGACCGCCGCCUCCGUCUCGGGCCACAGCCGCGCCGACACCAUCACCGGCUUUGCAGACCGGGCCACCCAAGAAGACUCGGCAGCCGAGAGCGGCCAGAGCUUCCUGUUUGACGUGUCCAGCCUUCCCGACGCCGACGAGGUGAUAGGUGCAGAGUUGCGGGUGCUGCGCCGCGAGACCCUAGAGCCCGAGCACAGCAUCGCGACUCGGCCGCCGCCGCUGCUGCUGCUGUCCACGUGCCCGGGCGCCACCCGCGCCCCGCGCCUGCUGCACUCGCGAGCCGCCGAGCCCCUGGACCGAGCGCGCUGGGAGGUGUUCGACGUGGGCGACGCCGUGCGGGACCACCACCGGGAAGCGCGAGCCACCCGCGACUUCUGUCUCCUCUUGCGCGCCGUGGCGGGUCCGGGAAAGAGCCCGCUCGCUGUGCGGCUGCUGGGCUUCGGCUGGCGCGGAGGUGGAGGCGCAGCGGCCGAGGAGGAACGAGCCUUGCUGGUGGUCUCCUCCCGCACACAGAAGAAGGAGAGCCUGUUCCGGGAGAUCCGCGCCCAGGCCCGCGCGCUCGGGGCCUCUUUGACCGCGGAGCCGCCGCCGGACCCGGGACCCGGCUCCGGGUCAUCCAGGGUGGUUCUGGGUGGUCGCAGGCGACGGCGGACCGCUCUGACCGGGACGCGCGGACCGCAGGGCAGCGGCGGGGGCGCGGGCCGGGGCCACGGGCGCAGGGGCCGGAGCCGCUGCAGCCGGAAGCCGCUGCAUGUCGACUUCAAGGAGCUGGGCUGGGACGACUGGAUCAUCGCACCGCUGGACUACGAGGCGUACCACUGCGAGGGCGUUUGCGACUUCCCGCUGCGCUCGCACCUGGAGCCCACCAACCACGCCAUCAUCCAGACGUUGCUCAACUCCAUGGCGCCCGAGGCGGCGCCGGCCUCCUGCUGCGUGCCCGCACGCCUCAGCCCCAUCAGCAUCUUGUACAUCGACGCCGCCAACAACGUGGUCUACAAACAAUACGAAGACAUGGUGGUGGAGGCGUGCGGCUGCAGGUAG